UUUCCACAGCAGAUUCCUUUGCAUGGUGACACAUUCUUUUAACUUGAAAGGUUGCAAUCAUAUCAUCAUCAUAAUCAUCACUCUUAUCAAGAUCCUCGAUUGCCGUUACACUUCGAUCCUGCUUCCUCGCCCGCGCAUUUUCUCUCUCUCUUUAUUUCACCACUAUUGGCACUAUAUUUACAUUUCAACAACUCAUGAUCAUCACCACCUUCUCUCCCUGCCUAUCUCUUCCUGUAGAAGAACGACUAAUUUCUCUCUUUAGAGCCACUCUUUGCAACAAUGGUGAAAAGCCCAGUUACAGUUCUGGUCACUGGCGCGGCGGGGCAAAUAGGAUAUGCAAUUGUUCCAAUGAUCGCAAGGGGCAUCAUGUUAGGCCCUGAUCAGCCAGUGAUUCUGCACUUGCUUGAUAUCGAACCUGCGGCAGAAUCCUUGAAUGGGGUGAAAAUGGAAUUGGUUGAUGCUGCCUUUCCUCUUCUGAAAGGUGUCGUUGCUACCACAGAUGUUGUUGAAGCUUGUAAAGGUGUCAAUGUUGCUGUUAUGGUUGGUGGAUUCCCUAGGAAGGAAGGUAUGGAAAGGAAGGAUGUAAUGUCUAAAAAUGUUUCAAUUUACAAGGCUCAAGCUUCAGCCUUAGAGAAAUAUGCUGCUGAAGAUUGCAAGGUGCUAGUUGUUGCCAACCCAGCAAACACCAAUGCACUCAUUUUGAAAGAGUUUGCCCCUUCAAUCCCAGAGAAGAACAUCACUUGUCUUACUCGACUGGAUCAUAAUAGAGCAUUAGGCCAAAUCUCUGAGAGGCUAAAGGAACAUGUUAGUGAUGUCAAAAACGCAAUCAUCUGGGGCAAUCACUCUUCAACUCAAUAUCCAGACGUCAACCAUGCAACUGUCACCACCAGUAGUGGAGAGACACCUGUCAGAAAACUUGUUGCUGAUGAUCAAUGGUUAAAUACCGAGUUCAUCACCACUGUGCAGCAGCGUGGUGCAGCCAUUAUCAAAGCUCGGAAACUAUCAAGUGCAUUGUCUGCUGCAAGUGCUGCUUGUGAUCAUAUGCGUGAUUGGGUUCUUGGGACUCCAAAGGGAACAUGGGUUUCCAUGGGAGUCUAUUCUGAUGGGUCUUAUGGCAUCCAGCCUGGCCUUAUCUACUCCUUUCCUGUUACUUGUGAGAAAGGACAAUGGUCAAUUGUGCAGGGGCUGAAGAUCGACGAAUUCUCAAGGGCGAAGAUGGAUGCAACAGCAAAAGAACUCAUUGACGAGAAAUCCUUGGCCUAUUCAUGCCUAGACUGAUAAUGAACCCAUCUUUCCCAGGAGAAUAACAGAGGAGUUGAUUCAAUAAAUCCAUGAAAAAUAAAAAAAGGAGUUCCAAAUUACUAUUCUAGCCUUUCAUGGGGCAUGACUACUGUCACUUCUAAGCUUUGGAACGGCAAUACAAGAUCUGUCGUUCUUGUUUAUUUAUCUUAUUUAUUUCAUGGCAAAAGUGGAGAGGAAUUCAUGAAUCAUGAAGCACCUUCCUACCUUCUGUUCAUCUGUUUUCUUUCAUUUUUAAAGUUUUUUGUGAUAGAUUUAAUACAAGAUUAGCACAU